AUGAACAAGCUUUACAUCGGGAACCUAAACGAGAACGUGACUCCCGCCGACUUGGAGAAAGUCUUCAACGACCACAAGAUCUCCUUCAGCGGGCAGUUCCUGGUCAAGUCCGGCUAUGCUUUUGUGGACUGCCCCGACGAGCAGUGGGCCAUGAAAGCCAUCGAAACUUUUUCGGGGAAAGUGGAGCUUCAUGGAAAACAACUAGAGAUUGAACAUUCAGUACCUAAAAAGCAAAGGAGCCGGAAAAUUCAAAUCCGAAACAUCCCACCCCAGCUGCGAUGGGAGGUUCUGGAUGGUUUGCUAGCCCAGUAUGGCACUGUAGAAAACUGCGAGCAAGUGAACACCGACAGCGAGACGGCCGUUGUCAACGUCACCUACGCCAACCGGGAGCAGACCAGGCAAGCUAUCAUGAAGCUGAAUGGGCACCAGCUGGAGAACCAUGCGCUGAAGGUCUCCUACAUCCCCGAUGAGCAGUCGAUGCAAGGGCCAGAGAAUGGGCGGCGGGGCGGCUUUGGGGCACGUGGUGCCCCCAGGCAGGGGUCCCCCGUCACUGCAGGGGCACCAGCCAAGCAGCAGCCUGUGGACAUCCCCCUCCGCCUCCUGGUGCCCACCCAGUACGUGGGGGCCAUCAUCGGCAAGGAAGGGGCCACCAUCAGGAACAUCACCAAGCAGACGCAGUCCAAGAUCGAUGUACACCGGAAAGAGAAUGCAGGAGCUGCAGAAAAAGCCAUCAGCAUCCACUCCACCCCUGAGGGCUGCUCCGCUGCCUGCAAGAUGAUUUUGGAGAUCAUGCAGAAGGAGGCAAAGGACACUAAGACGGCUGAUGAAGUGCCUCUGAAAAUCCUGGCCCAUAACAACUUUGUGGGGCGUCUCAUCGGCAAAGAAGGGCGAAACCUGAAGAAAGUGGAGCAAGACACGGAGACAAAAAUCACCAUCUCGUCCUUGCAGGACCUGACCCUGUACAACCCCGAGAGGACCAUCACGGUGAAGGGCUCCAUUGAGAACUGCUGCAAGGCGGAGCAGGAGAUCAUGAAGAAAGUGAGGGAAGCCUACGAGAACGACGUGGCUGCCAUGAGUUUACAAUCUCACCUCAUCCCUGGCCUUAACCUGGCUGCAGUUGGCCUCUUCCCUGCCUCCUCCAACGCAGUACCUCCUCCACCAAGCAGUGUCUCCGGGGCUGCACCGUACAGCUCCUUCAUGGUAGUGCCACUGUUCCUGCAGCCUCCGGAGCAGGAGACGGUGCACGUGUUCAUCCCCGCUCAGGCGGUCGGUGCCAUCAUCGGCAAGAAGGGCCAGCACAUCAAACAACUCUCCCGGUUUGCAAGUGCCUCUAUCAAGAUUGCCCCUCCGGAGACACCCGACUCCAAAGUGCGCAUGGUCGUCAUCACCGGCCCCCCAGAAGCUCAGUUCAAGGCACAAGGUAGGAUUUAUGGGAAGCUGAAGGAGGAGAACUUCUUUGGGCCGAAGGAAGAAGUGAAGCUGGAAACGCACAUCCGGGUCCCCGCCUCAGCCGCCGGCAGGGUCAUUGGCAAGGGAGGCAAAACUGUCAAUGAGCUGCAGAACCUGACGGCAGCAGAGGUGGUGGUGCCACGGGACCAGACCCCCGAUGAGAAUGAGCAAGUCAUUGUCAAGAUCAUCGGGCACUUCUACGCCAGCCAGAUGGCUCAGCGCAAGAUCCGGGACAUCCUGUCACAGGUGAAGCAGCAGCACCAGAAGGGACAGAGCGGGCAGACGCAAGCGCGGAGGAAAUGA